AUGGGCUUCGACUAUGCGCUUGUGCACCUCAAGUACACAAUUCCUCCCGCAAUCGCCUUGACUCUACUCUACCGACCUCUCUUGACCCGCCUCGAUGUCUACAAGAUCCUCUUCCUUGUCACCAUCGCACUUGUCUCCACCACUCCAUGGGACUCCUACUUGAUUCGCAACCGUAUUUGGUCGUACCCUGAAGACGCCGUCAUUGGUCCCAAACUCUUCGAUAUUCCAUUGGAGGAGGUGUUCUUCUUCAUCGUCCAGACCUACAACACUUCGCUCCUGUACCUGCUUUGCAGCAAGCCCACCUUCCACCCCAUCUAUUUGCGCCGUCAGGAGAAGAAUGACCGCUGGAAGUAUUUCAAGCUGGCUGGUCAGCUUGUUCUCGGCCUGAUCCUCAAGAAGGCCAUAAACCUGAUCAAAGACGAAGGCGCCGGCACAUACAUGGGUCUGAUUCUUGUAUGGGCCGUUCCCUUCUUGCUUUUGCUGUGGUCGCUGGCAUAUCAGUUCAUCCUUGGUCUGCCCAUUACUAAUACUCUUGUGCCUAUCGCUAUUCCAACCUUGUACCUCUGGAUUGUCGAUACACUGGCUCUACGAAGGGGAACAUGGGUCAUUGAAUCUGGCACCAAGCUUGGAACACACCUCUGGCCUGGCCUGGAAAUAGAAGAGGCUGUCUUCUUCCUUCUCACAAACACUCUCAUCGUCUUUGGUCUUAUAGCCUUUGAUAACGCCAUCGCUAUUCUUAACGCUUUCCAAUCUCAUUUCCCCUCGGUACCCGCCCUUCCUUCGCCUAUACUUCUGGUCCAGGCUUUACUACUCCCGGCUGCUGCAUAUGACGAUGACCGCGUUGACGGCUUGGCCGAAGCUGUCAAGCGCCUCCAUCAGAAGAGCCGGAGUUUCUAUCUGGCCAGUGCAGCAUUCUCUAGCCGUCUGAGGGUGGACUUGAUCGUGCUGUACUCGUUCUGUCGCGUGGCUGAUGAUCUGGUUGACAAUGCCGCCUCACCCCUCGAAGCUCGCAAAUGGAUCAAGCGUCUUCGUACCUUCCUGGACCUCUCAUAUAAAGCCAAAGAUCCGAUGGCGCAUGAUCAAAACAUCGGAAGUGUUGUUCGUCAUGUUGUCACUGAAUUCCCUCGAAGCACGCAUACCGCACUGCUACAAUUGCCCACUUCGCGCCUCUCUUCCAAACACCUUUAUGAUCUUCUCAAGGGAUUCGAGAUGGAUCUAGGAUUCCAGACGACUAAAGGAGCCCAGCCUUCUGCCUUCCCUAUAAAAUCAGAAUAUGAUCUGGAUACUUAUUCGUCACGGGUUGCUGGCACAGUAGCUGCCAUGUGCAUUGAGCUUGUGUUCUUCCACUAUCCUGGGGAAGUGUCGCCUACCCUACAAGAGCAAAUAUUGGAUUCUGGAAACACGAUGGGAAUUGCGCUUCAGUACACCAACAUCGCUCGUGACAUUGGCACGGAUGCUCUGUUGAAUCGCGUGUACCUGCCGACCAGCUGGCUAAAGGAGGAGAACUUGACACCUGAACAAGCGAUUCAAGUUUUCACUAUCAUGGAAGCUAAACCUACGCUUGGCGCUGAGGACCAAUUGUUUGUGUCGAAGCUUGAACGACUGCGGAAGCGUCUGUUGGAUCGAUCAUUUGCAUUGUACGAGGACUCGCGUGGAGCGAUUGACAAGCUACCGUCAGAAGUACGUGGACCUAUGCGCGUUGCUACCGAGAGCUACAUGGAGAUCGGACGGACGUUGAAGCAGCCGGGCUACAGAGUGAGGAAAGGAAAGGCAACAGUAGACGGCUGGCGCAGAUUGGCAGUGGCGUGGAAAGCACUGCAGUAA